AUGACACUUGUUUCCCUUCCCUUCUUUAUGGCACUUAUUUCCCAUCUCUUCAUCAUUACACUUGUUUAUUCUUCCUUAAUAAUUACACUUGUCUGCUCCAGCUCAUAUGACACUUGUCUCCUCUCCUUUCUUUAUGGCACUUGUCUCCCCUCCCUUCAUUUAUUACACCUGCCUCUCCACCUUCAUUUAUUACACUUAUUAGGAUCAGGAAGACCCACGAAUGUCAUAACAGACGAUGCCCAAGAAUCAGAUGAAGAUGAGCAAUUUAUUGUUGAAGACAAUACACCUUUGCAGACAAAGUCAUCCUUGACAAAGGAACCUGAUGCCGAAGAUGAGACUGAACAUGGUGGUCUGGUAAAGAAAAUCCUGGAAACUACAAAAGAACUUGAAGGUGCACAUCAAACAGAAAAAACGGAAAAAACUCAAGUUGAAACCUCGAGUAUGAACAACAUCGCAUACCAGAAGCAGCGGCAUUUGGUCGUGCAAAAAAUUGAGAAGCUCCAAGAGAGCAUCCAGACCCUGACCAAAAGUGCCAACCCCCUUGGUAAGAUUAUGGAUUACAUUCAAGAGGACCUUGACUCUAUGCAAAAGGAACUUUACAGGUGGAAGCAAGAAAACAUUCAGCACACAAUGGCACUGAAACAUGAGAAAGAAAUCACGGAUCGAACAGUGGAGCCACUGAAAUUGCAGCUAAAGUCCCUCGAUCAGACCAUCAAUGAUCAAAUGGAUGUCAUCGCCAUGGUGAAAGCAAAUGUUAUCCGAAAUGACAAACGCAUUGUGUCCAUGCUGCACUCUGUUGCCAAAGUGUGA